GAAAUAUACCUCCGACGCAGUAUUCGAUUGAAGUUCAAAGAAGUUGCGUUACUUCUGCUUCUCACAAUAACAUUCAGAAAGCUGAACUCACAAAGUGCUAUUAUCUUUCACAUACACUUCCGCUUUAGGUUCAGGUAAUGUGAGAGAUAUUGUAUUAUUGUCUACAAUGUCGAAUUCAUUCGUUGUUGCCGCAUGCGCUCCACGCUGACAGCUCAACGCACCACGUCAGCUUGUCGGAUCGCAUUGAGCAUUUCCCAGAGAACGAUUUAAGCAAGGCUCCUGAAAUACACCAGAGAAUCAUGUCGUCUGUCUACAAGAGCCAGGAAGACCAAUACAAAGAGUCUACAGACUACUACCAUGAGAAAAAGGACACCGAAAACCCCGUAUACAUACGGAAGGCUGCAAGAGAGUUUGGGUUUAGCUAUUAUCGCUUGCGACGAAGAGUUCACGAAUUACCAUCCAGAUCGACUCGUCAACCCGCGAAUUUGAAGCUUACUGAGGCUCAGUAUGACUCUCUAUUUGAUGAUCCCGACUCUCUCAAUCGGACUGGCGUUCCUCUCUAACUGCUAGACGCAUAAGGGACGCAGCCGAAGCAAUACUUAAAGGCAGCCAACCUGAUCCUGAUCUUUCACCACCAAAGUUCUCCAACAUGUGGCCUUAUCGCUUUCUCGAACAAAACAAACAAAUCGUCAGGCAGCCGCAGCAACGAGAAGCACCAAAAACUGGAACAGCGGAUAUUGGGCGGAGAUAAGACAGGCACAGCAAAUUCUGAAGCAACCUCGGCUCCCAGAACACAUUCCGACUCCUGAUUCGCUGAGGCCUAUCGCCCCUGCCGAGUAACCGGAGGAAUGAAGAAAUUGUAAUCGGAAAAGUCGUGCCGGUUUAAUCCCAUGCCAUGUUUGUUGUCAUACAUUUAUUUGUCUAUUCGUCAUUUCUUUUCUCAGUUUAGCAGUUGCUUGAAAAGGUUG